AAUCAAUCAAAAAAUAUCCAAAAAAACACUAAAAACAACUAAAAAAGCAAUAAAUGGAAAUCGAAAAUAUUUCUUUUAUAGAUCAGCAAAAUUUAUUAGAUUUUGAAGAAUCAACUGACUAAUGCUUUCGCUCUAAAAUAAGCUAUUAGCCAACAAAUUAGAUAUUCGAAAAUAAGGACUUAUCCUCAUUAAACUCUGAUUUAAUUAUUGAUUAGUCAAAUGGACAUUUUGUUGGGUAAAAUAUAUAAUCAGAAACUAGCCAAUAAAAUGAGCAAAGCUCUGAUAAUAACAAUAAAAUAAAUACAACCCACACGAAAUUAAAUUUAGACUAAAAGAAAAAAUGUAAGUAAAAAUAAGUAGCAGUGACAAAUAUUUGUAGAAUUUUAUAUUCAAAUAAUAUGAUCAGAAUUUCGCAAGGUCUUUAAAUUGAAUAAGAUGGAACAAUUAGAUUCAGUCAUAGCACAGGAAUUUUUAGCUUAGGCUUCUAAACUUAACAGAUUUUGAGUUUUUAAUAUUUAAAGCAUUAGUAAUAGGCUCAGUGCUUAUUAUCAGACGAUUAACAAUACUAAUUAACACCUAUUUAAGAUGCCAUUAUGCAUUUGCAGAAUAUGAAAAUCAACAAGCAAAAAGAAGUUUUACAGAUACUAGAAAUUUAUCAAAAUGUUAAAGAAUAGCUAAUAAAUAUAUUAAACAAUAUUAUAAUUACUAAAGAUAUAAUUGAAUAGCAUGAUGAAUAUUUUAUGUUGCACAUCCAACUAAGCGAAUAAUAUAUGAGAGAAUACGCCUUAUAAAACUAAAAUUAAAUCUAUUAAUAUUGCAUAGGAAGAAUAAACAUUCUAAAGAAAGAUGCAGAGAUUGUGAAAUACGCGUUUUCUAAAUCAUAUUUAGACUUUAUUGGCCUCGAUAUUGAUAAUCUAAGCUAAUUGAUAUUUAGAGGCUAAAAAGUUGAUUUAAUUUAAAACAAAGAUGAAAUUAUAGAUUUAUCUCUGUAAGGAAUAUGUAACAGAUUUUUGUAUAAUAUUGAAGACUGUUAUUAUGUUUAUAACAUAGUAACUUUUGAUGGUUUUCCAAUCAAAAUUUAUUUCUAAAAAAGAAUUAUUUAGCUAAUGAGUUAAUGCAAUAAGAUUUUAAAUGUUUAGAAUGAGUUUAUAUUUCAUAUUAACGAGUUAGAUGUUGACUUACAAGAUCUUUAAAAUCUUAUUAAUUACAGGGAGAGACUCCUUAAUUCUGAAAAAAAUAAUCUAAGUUUCGAAGACUUUACCAAAAAAGAACUAUCUUAUUUGUUUGAAGAUGUAGAAUACUCAGUUCGCUCUCAAUAAUUUAUAGAAAAAUACUACCACUAAAAUAUAUAAAAAUUAAAAAUAAUAUAAUAAGAAUUAUAGCUUAAAAAAUCCUAGCAAUUCUUCAAAAAAUGUGGAUAUAAAUAAAUUAACUCCAAAGAUUACAAACCAAUUUAAAUUAUUCAAUAGAAAUGAUAUCAUAGCUUACUAUUUAUAUUAAAAAACUCUUUAUUAAAUAAAAAUAUAUUAAAUUAAUUGUAUUUAAACUAUUUUUAUAAUAAAUUGUAUAAAAAACACUUUUAAAUUUAAUCAACA